AAGAGGGAGACAGAGAGAGAGUGAUACAGUAGCAUUUAUAAAUGCACAGAGAGAGAGAGAGAGAGAGAGAGAGAGAGCAGAACCCCAGUUAAAUCCUCUCUCUCUCCAACGAACUGAUCCAAUCUCAUCUCUCUAAUACCCUUGUCUACCCAAAUCUCACCCUCCCCUUCCCUAUCCUUCUUCACCUUCCCUCUCUUUCUAAGUACAAAGUUUCUUUACACCCAUGUAAAUUACUGACAUAUACAUAUACAUAGGCUUACACACACAAUGAAGAGAUUGAAAACCUUCUUCCUCCACACCCUCCAAGCAAUGGAGAAUCCAAGGUGGAUCCUCCCACUAGCAAUCUUCUCCACACUCUCUCUCCUCCUCCUCCUCUCCCUCACGACCCUAAUCUCCCCCGCCUUCCCCUUCUCUCUCCUCCCCCCCUCCCUCUCCCCCGCCGCCGUCUUCGUCGAAGCAAACCUCCACCCCCUCCCCGCCUCCCUCCUUCCCCCUCCCCCCCGCCUCGCCUACCUCGUCUCCGGCUCGGCCGGCGACGGCCCAAUGCUCAAGCGCACCCUCCUGGCCCUCUACCACCCCCACAACCGCUACGUCGUGCACCUUGAAGCCGAUUCCCCGCUUCAGGAGCGGCUCGAUCUGGAAAGCUUCGUCAAGAAUAAUACCCUUUUUGGGAAGUUCGGCAAUGUGGCGAUGAUCAAGAAGGCGAAUAUCGUGACGUAUCGGGGCCCCACGAUGGUGGCGAACACGCUGCACGCGGCGGCUGUUUUGUUGAGGACCGGUGGGGAGUGGGACUGGUUUAUCAAUCUCAGUGCCAAGGAUUACCCACUUGUUACUCAAGAUGAUCUGCUUCACACGUUCUCGUAUCUGCCGCGUGAUCUUAAUUUCCUCGAUCAUACCAGUGAUAUUGGGUGGAAAGAGAAUCAAAGGGCAAAACCAGUAAUUGUUGAUCCAGGGUUGUAUAUGGCAAAGAAAGCUGAUAUUUUGAGGGUUACGCAGCGAAGAAGCGUGCCGACAGCCUUCAAGCUCUUUGGAGGUUCUGCUUGGAUGGCGCUUUCUCGUCCAUUCAUUGAUUAUUGCAUAUGGGGAUGGGACAACUUACCUCGAACAGUCCUCAUGUACUAUGCGAAUUUCAUAUCCUCCCCAGAAGGCUAUUUCCACACAGUCAUCUGUAAUGCUGAAGAAUUCCGCAACACCACUGUGAAUAGUGACCUCCACUUCAUAUCUUGGGACAACCCUCCCAAGCAGCACCCUUGCUACCUUACUGUUGACAACAUGACGAAGAUGGUGGACAGUAACGCCCCGUUUGCUAGAAAAUUCCGCAUGGACGAUCCGGUGCUUGACAAGAUCGAUUCUGAACUAUUGUUUCGUGGUAAAGACAUGGUGGUCCCUGGUGGAUGGUGCAUAGGAAGCAGGGAAAAUGGGACCGAUCCUUGCUCUGUUGUGGGUAAUAUUACAGUCAUCCGUCCUAGUGCCGGAGCAAAACGGCUGGAAAAUUUGAUAAGUUCUCUGUUAUCAAGUGAGAAAUUCCGACCGAGGCAGUGCAAAUAACAAAUAGCUAUUCUAAAGGCAGUUCUCAUGUAAAUAGGCCUAUACAUAAAGGGGAAGACGGCAGAAUAAGGUAGUCAGUACUUGUGCAGGUAGGAAAGGAGUGCUGAGAGCGUCACCCAUUUCCGUGGCUUGUAGGCUCGAGGCAAUGAAUUGGUGGACAUAACUGAGGCAAUCUGCUGUUGCGGUGAAGUCGAAUACAUGCAUCUGCUCUGGGUUUUUUUCCGUAUCUACGUGUAGCCCAUUUUGCACCCAUUUUUUCCUGAAUUUAUAUUCAUCUGGGCUUUGGCAAAUGCAUUUUGGCAUUUUGUGUGGGGACCUAAAGCUGUAGGGAAAACCCCGGUAGAAUGACAGGAUCGAGAACAUUAGGGGAUAUCUCUUGUACGAUAACCUUUACGAAUUGGUUGAUAAUAAGUUUGAUGUAGCAUAGAACUGUCUUUAAUUACAUGAUAUAUAUUUUUAACGUCAGUUUAUAUUUAAUGCAUUAACCCGAUAUUU